AUGGGGUGCACCGCCAGCACCGUGGUGGUGGACGGGUUUCGGACCGUGCUGGAGAGGAACUGUAGCGUAUACAUGUGUAAGGAGGCAGCAGAGCCGGGCGCACAGUCCCAGGCAGAGAGGGCGCUGAGCCGCAGGGAGUCCAGGGUCCUGCCAGCGCCAAGGGUCCUCAAGGACAGGGGUCCGGGCGUGAAAAGACAACAUCCUCCUCUGGUGUGGCCCUCAGGAAUCCACAGGUCAGGCCCUAUCCUUAGGCCUGUCCCAGCGCAGGUGCCCCGUGCGCUGUUAUCUGACUCCCACGGGUCGCACACAGCUGACAGGGGGCGGGCCUCAAAUCUCUGCUCUGCCUGUGCGUCCACUCCCUUCAGAUGGGGCUGA